UUCCCGAAUUUUGCGACGCAUACAAAAAGGCAAGUUAUAUGGAGAGUCUAUAACCAGUUUACUCAAACCAGUCACACAACCGCCGAUUUACGUAAGAAUGUUUAUUUGGUGUCCGAUGACAUUCCUCAAGAACCGGUGGGAACAGUGAGCCGACAGUUUUGGGAAUAAAAUUUUGGGCGAGACGUUCGUACGUAGCGCUGAAGCAACUACGCUUUAAAUACAUUCUGGCCAACAAUGGAAGCAGUAUCUCUCGAGAUGCGUCCACUAGUUCACGAAGAUCUUGAAAGGAAAGACAUGACUGAAACGAGAUUGUACAUGCAAGAACUUCCAAGCCGACUUGCACGACAUUCCGCAUCUACAGUGAUGAGGAAUCAGGCUAUCGUUCGACGGAAAAGCGUUGGAAAUACAGUUAAAUGCUCGGGAGCUUUGAGAAGAGUGAAAAGAGAUGAGCCCGGAACAUUGACUGCGGAGUGGGGAAGCGACACGACCGAUUCGGGACUCUCUCUGUCCGGGGAAGUUCUAGAGACGGUGAAUUUUAAAGCUGUUCCCCUGCCGAUGUCUCUCAGGCGCCGGUUUAAAGAUUCCCUACGAGCAAGAGCCCCGCGCAGAGUUUCAAAAUGGGAAGUUUUCCGAAUGAGGGUGGUAAUGGGAUGGAGGCGCUUCACAGGCACUGUCAAGGAAUGGCUUUAUGCGCUUGAGCCAUGGCGUAGGCACCUCAAAGACAUCGAGGGGCAGUUUGGAAGCGGCGUUGUCUCGUAUUUCGUCUUCCUUCGCUGGCUCAUGCUUCUCAAUUUAUUUGUGUUUCUAAUCGAGUUCGGCUUUGUUUCCUUACCAACGCUGGUUAUCUGUGCAGCCACGCGCCAGGGCGUCACGGACGGUCAAGCAAACCCCACAAGUAACGCAACAAGCUGUAAGUAUGAUUUUGCUUACAUCGAUGCCAACGAGACAGACAAAGGUGUUCUUACAAUAGUGCUGAACUUCUUUACCGGCCAGGGUUGGAUCAGUAACACGAUUAUGUUCUACAGCAGCUACCCCUCGGACGUGAUCAUAUCUCAGGAGGGCGUAAGAUACCUCUUACCUUUAGCUUACCUGUUAACAGGCGGAGCUUAUCUCCUCUUCUGUCUCCUGGCAAUGAUACGAAGUGCCUCUAGCGGUUUUAGACAGGGAUACAUCGAUAGUGAGGGAGUAUUCAAUUCUUUCUGCAAUCGGAUCUUUUCCGCCUGGGACUACUGCAUUUGCGAUCGCAGCGCUGCGUUACACAAGAACCAAAUUAUCGCGCAAGAUAUUCGCUUCGAACUGGAAGAGGAAGCUAGAUUAAGACGCAUUCAAAACAGGACAAAGAAACAGAAAGCGGUUCUCUAUGGCACGCGUAUCGCCAUCAAUCUGUUCAUAGUGCCAGCACUUUGGUAUGUGUCGUUUGUCCUUGUUUUCGGCGUCAUUAUUGGCAAUAAAGUUACCGAACAAGGACGAAACCAGUUUGAGCAGAUGCUGAUAAGGUCUUCACUGUCUCUCGCAGUCACAAUCCCGAAUCUCGUUCUGCCUCCGUUGUUCGAGUUCUUGUCCGUCUUCGAAGACUGGAGUCCCAAGUUUGAGCUGGGUCUCAACCUUUUGCGGCGAAUCUUUGUCAAGUUACCUUCCAUAGCAAUGCUGAUGAUUCUCCUGUACAAAGACCUCGACGAUCGGAUUCAGGAUGAAUCGUCGCCGUUGUCGGCUCACUGCGAACUGUGCUGGGAAAACGAAAUUGCGGCGCAGAUGUACAUGUUAGUGUGGGUGGAUUUCUUCGUGGUGCUUCUAAUCACCCUUGGUUUGGAAACGCUCAGAAAGCUUCUUUACAAACACUGCAGUUGUUGCAAACGAAUUGGCAUGACGCAGUUUGACAUUUCCCGCAAUGUCAUCGACCUCGCUUACGGGCAGUGCUUGAUUCUCAUCGGUGCGUUUUUCAGCCCCAUCCUCCCAGCUAUUGGCGUCCUGAAACUGAUCGUGUUCUUCUACAUCAAAAAACUGAGCCUGUUCCACAACAACCGUCUUCCAGACAAACCGUUCCAAGGCGCAAAGCUCAACUCCAUUUUCACGCUUCUCUUGCUAGUCACGUUUUUCAUGUGCAUCGGUCUUGUCGGCUGGGGCGUGACCAGAGUACCCACAUCGUAUUGCGGUCCGUUCAAAAACACGGAGUGCAGCGCGAGUAAAUUCAUCAUCGACGAAUUAUCCUUGGUCGUUUCCACUUGGCCCACGUGGAUACACGCGGUGUUGCAGUUCAUGCGUACAGCUGCGUUCCUCCUUCCCGCAAUGAUCUUGGUGUUUAGUUUGAUGUAUUAUUACCGUUCUAUGACGCGCGAGCAUCGCCGCGUAAUUAACACGCUGAAGGAGCACCUUAUUUUCGAGGGAAAAUACAAAAAGGUGCUUCUCUCGCAGCUGGUAUUCCAUCGUGAGGAGAAAAUUGAACCGCAGAAAACUGAAAGAUAUAACGAAGAAGACAUUUUGCUGCUAUCUCUGUCCGCUUAAUACUUGUUUUAUUGCACUAGGUUUGUAAACAGAGCGACUUUUUCAAUGUGAAUCGGGUACACUCAACAGUAUUAUCAAAUCGAGUAAAGAUAUUGUUUCCCGACUCUGUAGUAGACAUAAUAAGACAAGAGAUACCAAAGCAAAGUCAACGUUUUUUUAGCGUCCCCAACGCUCAGUCGAGACCGUGGAUGUGAAUACAGGGAUGUUUCGGCACGUGACUUAGUCCACCCAAGUUCACGUGACAAAUAGAUUCCCGCCAUAUUUACUCGAGAAAGACGCUGUGAUAGCGUCGAAAGUUGUGAUUGUUAGAAACAUUGACUCUGCUUCGGUAUCUUGUUUCUUAUUAGUAUUACUGAACUAGGAUGCGACCACGAUACACGCGAUCCCGUGGCUUAACGUCGUGUUAGCGAUCGAUCGAGACGCCUUGGUAAAACACUCAUCCUGCACAAUCCGGUCAAUAUUGCUGUGUCCAAGAUAGCUCACCCACACUUUGCCUGUGAGUUUUUAUCGUUAAUCUUGGUAUUCUUUAGAUGCUAGUGCGCGUUUUGAACGCAUUUCUUAGCGCGUAGAAAAUGUGCUUGGGUAAAUAAAUUGACGGGUUGAUUAAUUGAUUGAUUGAUUGAUUGAUUGAUUGAUUGAUUAAUUGAUUGAUUGAUUGACUGAUUGAUUGACAUCAAUUCACUACUAGGCUUUUGCAGCAGAUAGUCCCGUAAGACAACAUCCAUUAAGUGUUACUGCAAGCUACAUCCAGAAAAAUACAAAACGAAGGAAGUAAACGUGAUAAUCUUCUCGGUUUUUCAGUUCCGCAUGGCGGACUGGUACUGUGUACCAUGAGACCAUUUGUCCAUGGGCACGGUGUUUAAUGUCAUUUCGAAUUCAUCAGUCCCGUUGGUUCCCCUCGCUUGCUUCUUGACAAAAGUUUCCAACUAAUGCUCAUAUUACAGGCUAAUUUCAAACCCAAGAGGGUAGUUGUUAUCAAUAAAACUAUAUAUAUAUAUUUUUUUGAUAAUCGAUGGAUCGGUCAGUAGGGUAUGAUAGGCGCACGGGCUGGAGGAUACUUCCCAGUCUCGCAAACUUUGAAAAUUUUUGGACAAAAUGCUUCUGCUUCGGGCAACAGUACCUGGGAUAAAUCAUUCCAAGAGGUUUCAAGGCGUAAGAAUUGCGAACCUUUUUUGCUUUCCCAGCAAUUUGAAUGCAUUUGUAUCCCGAUUUCAGCAAUCGCGCAUUCGGGCAUUGUGUAGAGUGUUCGGGCAAGAAGGUAACCCUCCUUCCCCCACUCCAUGUCCGAAGGUGUCCGUACGCCUGUUGGGGUUAUGGUAUAAGGUUUACAGAGCUCGCUCUUGGUUCUUAUCGACUUUGACAGGUGGCGGAAAACGAAAACAUGUGCCAGCUAACAGCUAGUCAUCUAAUGAUUUAACAAUUGGAUAUUUCGCAAAACCGUCCGUUGUACCGUCUUCCUUGUGUUGUUGUUGUUGUUUUGUUUUAAUUAUUGUAUGAACGAGAACAAUUUUUUUACAUUUUAUAGUCUUACUUGUUGUCCCUUCAAGGGUCUAUUUUAAUAAACGUUGGUGACAACUUUCACCUCGA